UUGCUUAGGUUGAGCAAAUAUCAAGAAUAAAAAUACUGAUAAGUCACUCUCACAUAUGGUGUUAAAAAAACUCAAAAAAUCACAGAUAGAAAAGUAUAAACGGCUUCAAAGGUGGAAAGAAAGCAGUUACCUUAUAAAGCAUGAAAUAAAUGCAUUUGAUAAACACUGUAGCUGAAGACUCAACCAAAAACUUUAACUAAUUCAGAUAUGUCUGAGGAAAUCAUUAUUAAAGACUUAAUCUUUACGUUGUUAUCAAAGAAUGUUGUUGAGGAUGUUGCUGAGCUAAGCGAAGAAUUACAAAUAAAUGAAUAUAUUAGUGAUAUGACCAAAGUUUAUAAAAAGUUUGGAAGAAAAUUUACAAAAGAUAAUGAAAUUUGCAACAAUGCUAUUGAAAGUCAAAAUAUGAUGGAUGAAAAUGAGGAGACCAAAAUGGGAAGUAUGUUGACAGGUUUUAUGAGAGUUGGCAAACUUUCUGAGGUUGAAAAGAUAUUCAAAGAAUGGAAAGCCAAAAAAAAAAAAUCAAGAAAAGCACCUCAAAUGAAUAUAAAAGCACAAGUUCACAUAGGUUGCCAGUAAAAUGCCCACUUCCGGGAUGAAAUGAUAGCAUAAUUGAUUUACCAAGACAUGCACGUUCAUCUAAGCAUGGACUUUCAAAGGAAGAGGCCAAAAAGUUAAGAGGAAAGUUUGAUUUGAGAAAAGAAAGGGCUAACCUUUCAAGUCAAUCUUCCAAAACAUUUAAAAAAUACAGAUGUCCUAUUUGCAAUGUUAUUACUAAAAGAAUACACGAUCAUUUAUAUAGGUCUCCUCAUUAUCUCAAAAACAAUCUGUCUAAGUACAGAGAAAUGCUUGAUAAAAAAGUUCUAUAUAGUGAAAGUACCAAUUUAAAAUUAAAAUUUCCUUCAUACUCUUAUAAAACUCAAAAAGCAAAGGUAAUCCUCCGAUCAUAAAUAUAGAAGAGAGCCCAAGUUCUAACUACUCUUUUUCUCGUAUUCCGGACAAAGAUGGUGUACUGAUUGAACCCUCAUUUCAAGAUUACCUUGAUGUAUUUUGUUUAUAUUUAAAGAGUUUAUCAGGUGGCAAAAAAGAUAGUGUAGCUGCACAUAAUGAAAUGAAACAAAUAAUGAGGAUGAUGCAAGUUGUUUCACCACAAGAACCCUGUUACACUAAGUUUUUUGACCUUCAAAAUUUAGCUAAAGUUUGGCAGUCACAUGUAGUUAAAAAGGGUUAUGAACCAGGUACCCAGCGAUCAUAUUUGCUUUCAUUUACUCACUUUAUAGAGUUUUUGAUUCGAUCAAAGCUAACACCACAUGUUGACAAUGUUUUGCCUGUAAAUAUUUCUGUAGAUGUGUUAAACUCAUGCAAAAAUGAGGUUUAUAAUUGAAGAAGUGCUUUAAAAAAUGAUGAAAGCGACAGGCAAUUCACUGUCGUGAUGCAAGAUCUAGAAAAUAUUAUUCCAUUAGAAGCUUUCCAAGCUGUGCUUAAUAGUGAAUUUUGUGUUAAAGUGACAACUAAAGCAAAGACAAUUUAUGGUAUGGAGAUAAACCAUCUGAAAAUGAGAGACAGCAUUUUCUUUAGUUUAAUUAUAAAUAAUAUGUCAAGGUCUGGAGCAGUAUCCAACAUGACUAUUGAUGAGUAUUUAAAAGGAACAUACACACUUACUAAGAGUUUUAUCGUUCUUGUAAAAAAGCACAAAACAGCACGAAAAUAUGGUCCUUGUCAGAUUGUAAUAAAUGAAGAACUAAAACUACUUUGUGAUUGUUAUUGGAAGAUUUUUAGAAAUCAAAUUCCAGGUAAAAAAUCUUUAAAUCUAUUUGUAACAUGGUCUGGUUGUGAUUUGGAGUCAGGUAGUGUUUCAACACAGCUAAAUUCAUUUUUUACAAAAUGCUUGCCUGAUGAUUCUUGUGAUAAAAGAAGUUGUGCUACUUUAGUGUGGAAAUCACUUCUGACUUUUUUUUAUGAUAAUCACCCAGAAAUAAAGUCAGAGUUAGCGACUCUUAUGAAGCAUAAAAAAGAGACUGGUGAAAGAUGGUACUAUCUUAAUCAGAAAAACAAAGAAGUUUCUGAAGUGUCUGAAAAAGUUGGUAAAAUAAUUUUUGGUAGAAAUGAUACUAGAGUAUCAGACUCUUGCAAUCUUUUGCAAAACGUUCCAACUUCGAGUUCAAAAACAAUCCAAGAUUCAAGAUCUCAAUGUUCCUCUAUUGAUUCAAAUGAGGAAAAUGAUAGUGAUAAAGAAUAUUAACCAAGCAAUAAAGAUAUAUUAUUAUCUUGCACUAAAAAAAACUGGACACCAGAAGAAAUUCAAGAAAUACAAGAUUUAUUUAUGUUUGCAGACAAAAAGUCAGUUAUUUCUCAAGCAUUGAUACGUGAAGUUACUUACUCAAAUGAAGUUUUAAAACAUCGAACACCAAAACAAAUUUAUGACAAAAUCAAGCAUAUGCAGAAAUCAAGAGUAGUAAAUUAUAAUGAUAACAACCAGAGUAUUCGGAUGAAGACAAUUUUCACCAAAGAGGAAAAUAAAACUAUUAAACAAUCGUUUUCAUCUUUAAUUUUAAGUAGAUCAAUUGUGUCAAAGGAAAAUGUUAUGGCCAUAAUUAAUCUUAAAGCCAAAAAAACUUUAUCAAAAUACUCGGAUGAUCAACUAGUUGCAAAAGUGCGAUACCUUAAAACAAAAAUAACAAACACCUUAUUGAAAACUUGAAGAUGCUUGUGAAAAUGUUGGGAAGGUUCUUUACAAUGUUCAAGUAUCAAUCAUUAGAAUGAAGUUUAGAAGCCUAAAAAUUGUUUCCCGGAUUGUUGGAGUAUGCUUAUCACUUUUGUUGUAAAAGUACGCAUAUGGUUUUUUUAAUUCUGAAAAUUCACUUACGUCUCACCUCGGUAAUGGAGGUUAAUGGAGUUAAAGGAAUUUUUAAACCUAAUUGUAAAUACUGUUGAUAAAUAAUCAUAUCCUAUA